ACUCGCGAUCAGUCUCGCUCGCGCGUCCGACCGGGACGUUGGGAUCGGUGUAGUGCGCAGCGUUUUCGCGAUUCGAUCAAUCGCGAGUCGAUUCACGAGAGCCGUCGUCAACUCCUUCCCGGCUUCCGCGGCUUAUCCUCCUCCUCGUCGACGACCUUCUCACCGUCACCGCCGAUUCUCGUCGCCGCCGCGUCGCUGGCGUCAAUCGGCGGUCGUCCUCGGAGAUGACGUCGCGGCCACGCCGUCAGCUUCGCUGAAACCCGUCGAUGCAGCGGCCUCAGGAUGAUGCAGGACGUUCCCGGCGGCCCCGCCGAUGAUCAGCGUGCCGCCUCCAAGUCGGUGCUGCUCAACACCUUCGUCGUGAAGAAGAAGCGGUGUCGCGUGUACUUUCAUCGCGGCACGCUCAUCUGGGAGACCGAGCGACCGCCUUACACCAGAUGGACCCUACCGUUGACGGACGUUCUGGCGGUGCGCUACGGCGACGAUUGGAUACCGGGUGUGAACGUUAAGGAAAAGCAGCCGACGCAGCCGACCUCGCCCACGACGGUGUGCCCGACGAAUUUCAUUCUGCACUACGCUGUUCGUGGACCGAAAAAUAAAUGGAGACAUCACAGCGUGACCAUGAGCCACACGGAUCCCAGGCAGGUGGCCUCGUGGGUGAAAACCAUUCGCAAUUACCUCCUGGGUCUGUCGAAUCGGCCGCGAAAGGUGAUGCUGUUUAUCAAUCCCAUAGGCGGUAAGAAAAAAGGUGUUAAAAUCUGGGAGAAGGACGUGCAGCCACUCAUGACCAUCGCCGGCAUCGAGACGAAGAUGAUGGUUACCGAGCGUGCCGGCCACAUUCGCGACGCUCUACUCACGGUCGACUUGAGUGACCUACAUGCGGUGCUGUGCAUCGGUGGCGACGGAACGUUCGCCGAGGUGUUCAACGGGUUGAUUCUGCGGGCGGCGAAGGAUCAGCACAUCGAUCCGAACGACCCUGACGCCAGGCUGCCCGGUCCCGCCUUACCCGUCGGCGUCAUACCAAGCGGUAGCACCGACACGGUUGCCUACAGCCUGCACGGCACCACCGACGUGCAAACCGCUGCCAUACAUAUCAUCUUCGGCGACUCGAUCGGCCUGGACAUCUCGUCGGUUCAUAACAAUCGCACCUUGCUCAGGUUGUACGCCAGCGUGCUCAGCUACGGCUACCUGGGCGACGUCAUCCGCGACAGCGAGAAGUUCCGAUGGAUGGGACCCCAUAGAUACGAUUGGUCCGGAUUCAAAAAAAUAAUAGCGAAUAAGGGUUACGAGGGUGAAAUCGAGUUGCUAUCGGAUCCUUGUCAUCCGGCAGGUAGCACCAGAUGCAUGAAGAACUGUUUGCGAUGCGUGCAGCAUAUGCACAACAGCAUCCCCGAUGAGGAAAUCUCUAGAUGGGUGACGGUCAGAGGGAAGUUCUUCAUGGUGAACGGCGCGAAUGUGUCGUGCGCGUGUUCGAGGAGUCCCAUGGGCUUCAGUCCUCACUGUCACAUAGGCGAUGGCUGCGUGGAUGUGAUCUUAAUUCGACACACGUCCCUAAUAAACAACAUCCGAUUGUUGCUUAGGCUCUCCAGCAAACGAAAGACUCUGUACGAGCUACCAUUCGUCGAGGUCUACCGAGCAAGAGAGUUCACAUUCCGCGCCUUGCCGACGCUGCACGUCGAAAGCGGGAUGAACGCGGGCCGUUCGAACCCUCGACUCAGCGUGUGGAAUUGCGACGGCGAGGUGAUCGACAGCACCAAUGUGAAAAUCAGGGUACACUGCCAACUACUGAAGGUCUACACGAGGCGAGCUCAGGACUCGGUUCAGGAAUCGACGUGCUUCAGCUGGUCUGUGUGAACAAGCCGAAUGAGGUCGUCGAACGGUCGGUCUUCAAGGCCGCGAUUCCGCUUCACGACGCUUUCGAAGGCGCAGUUCCUUUGUCUUGCCCUGUUAUCCGUGGUCACGAUAUCUUACGUCAUAAGUUGAUAAAAAAAUUCGUUCAUCCUUUUUCCGCGUCAUUCUUGCACUAAAAA